AACCUAAACACAAAUGACGAAUAAUUUUGAUUUUAUGAAACAAAAAUGCAGUACUGUAAUUAAAUAUUAGUUUAUGAUGAUAAUUCACUAUGUUACCGGUACAUUGUUGUCAGUUUUUGUUAUUUAAUGUUUGUGUUAAUAUAUCUACGUUGUUUAUAUACUUUGUUUACUACAGUGACUUACUAUCAACAGCAUAUUAUCAAGAAAUUAAGCACGAAUAUGACUUUAUCAUUGUUGGUUCCGGCACAGCUGGCUCUGUGAUAGCCCAUAGACUAGCAACAGAGACAAAUUAUACUUUUAUAGUGGUGGAAGCAGGGAUCAGAAGCCAUGCAUUACUUGAGGCACCGGUUCUUGGCCCAUUCUUCCAUGGGUCGCUGUUGGACUGGCAGUAUCAGACUGUACCUCAGGAACAUGCUUGCUUUGCUAUGAAGGAUAGAAGAUGUAAACUAGCUCAAGGCAAGAUUCUUGGAGGGUCAUCAAAGUUGAACAACAUGAUACAUGUCCGUGGUAAUCUGACACACUAUCAGAACUGGUUUCAUGGUAAAUACGCCAAAGAGUACAUUCAAAAACAGUUUGAAUACAUAGAAAAUAAUAUUUUACAUCUCAAUGAAGUACAGUAUGAAAGUGAACUAGCCAACACAAUAUUAACAGCAGCUAAAGAAUUAGGUUAUUCGAACUUAGACAAAGAUUUCAAACUAGGUUUCAGAAAAAAUAUAGUCAGUCAAAAAUAUGGAAAACGAUGGUCCACUUCCGACAAUUUAGAAUCAAAACAUGUUAUUACCAAUGUAUUGGUAGAAAAAGUAAUUUUUAAUGACAACACUGCUCGUGGCAUUCAAGUCCUUUCAUUAGGUAAGCAUAGUACGAUUUAUGCAAGAAAAGGUGUUUUAUUAUCUGCAGGAGCAAUUAAUACACCAAAAAUACUACAACUAUCAGGUAUUGGGCCUGAAAAUCUACUUAAAUCUUUAAGUAUACCAGUGAUAAAAAAUCUACCAGUUGGUAGAAAUCUCCAAGAUCAUAUAGGUACUGGAUUAGAUUUUUUAUUAUUUAAUAAAUCUGUUUCAAUUAGUGCUUUGGAUAUGAUUAAUCCAUUCCAUGUUUUAGAAUAUUUUAUUAAAGGAAAGGGUCCAUGGACAACACCAGGAUGUGAAGUAAUUGGUUUCCUUUCUACCAAAAACCAGUCAGAACCAGAUUUACAAUUUAUGGUGUUGCCAGUAGGACUCUCCUCAGAUAGAGGGAGUUUAUUAAAAAAUAAUGUUAAUUUAAAAGAUGAAAUAUGGGAUAAAUAUUUCUCAAAAAGCUUUGAUAGCUAUGUAGGAACUAUUUUACCUUUGAUAUUACAUCCUAAGAGUAGAGGCUAUGUUAUUAUUAAUAGUACUGACCCUAGUUUACCGCCUUUAUUGGACCCCAGGUAUUUGUCUCAUAAGGAUGAUAGAGACACUUUAAUUAAUGGUUUGAAACUAGUCAUGAAGUUUGUUAAUACAGAAGCUAUUCAAAAAGUCGGAGGUUCCAUUAACGAAAACCAUUUCCCUAGUUGUGAAAACUUUGAGAUUUUUACAGAUUCAUACUUUGACUGCUACAUAAAACAUUUGACAUUAACAAGCUACCAUCCUGUAGGUACUUGCUCUAUGGGGUUACCAGACUCGAAAAAUACUGUAGUCGAUACUUCUUUUAAAAUUUUGGGAGUAGAACAUCUAUAUGUUGCGGAUGCAUCAGUGUUGCCAACGCUACCCAGUGGUAAUAUUAAUGCGGCUAUUGCAAUGAUGGCAAGCAUUUGCUUUGAGAGUAUUAUUAAUGCAAAAACUAACAUUCCAUUUUGUAAUAAAAACGAUAGGAUUUAUGAAUAUUUGUUUAGAAUAUGUUUUGAUAGUUGAUAUUCAAAUAUCCAUGUACCUACCUAGACCAACUAGUAGAACUAGUCAUAAUUAAUACCUCUAAAGAAUAGUAACAAAACGGACAUUCUCUAUGAAUUUAUUGAAUAAAAUUUUAUGUAAUUAUUUACAUAUUUUGUAUGACUGCCGCACUCUUGGUGCGGUGGC